UCACCAGCAGAUUCGCGUGUAGUGAAAGCUAGAUCGCUCGACGGAAUCCGGAAGCCACCGAGGCGAGCGGCGAGCUCACGCACCGGCACAACACCGGCGUUGCCGACUUGACCACGGACCACCACCACCCAACGCGUGGAAGUGCGAGAUGGCGGCGUCGGGAUCGGGAGGCAACGGCCCCGGCGGGCGGCCCUGGACGGCGACAAGCACGUGGGCGCCGGCCCCCGGCGGCGGGGUCGUGGAGGACGCCAUCUCGUUCGAGACCUCCGACGAAGACGCCGAGGACUCCCCCGCGGGCGUCUUACUCUCCCGCCCGCUGCCCGAUGGGGACGGGAACGCCCCUCCCUGCGAGAUCACUGUUAGUUUCAGGGGAAAGUAUGAGAUUCACUGGGUAUAUGUGCGAAGCACAGCUCGGAUUUACGAACUAUACCAUUCUACUGACGCAAAGGGUACCAGCAAGGAUUAUCUAUGCACUGUCCGUUGUGGACUUGCUGCUAAAGAACCACAGCCCUGUGGUGAAGAAAGUAUGUCUCAGGGGAGUGGCGGUGCUCCAACCAGUGACAAGCGUGAACACGAGACCAAAAGUGUAAGCAGUAGUAGUGAUGAAGACAGUUGGGUUGAUGUCAAAAUUCCAGAAUCUCCUAUGGGAAAUAACACGCCAAAAGCUCAAGAAAGGAAUACAAUCAGAAUCUGCCAAGAAAAUACUCUGGCACACUAUGAAGCAACUGCUGAGAUGACUGAUGUGAGCCCAUGUGUGUCUCUUACUAUUCGUCUUCUGUCACUUCAGUCAAAGACAUCAGUGCACAUUGAGGAGAUCUGCAUAUUUGCUGAUCCUGUUGAGUCCACUAAUGAUAAUUCAGUAACAGGUCCAGGGAACAUGGGUGGCAGUUCUUUGCUGGCUAUGCUUGUUCCUGGACUUAUGCAAAUGCCGAAAUCAAGGAAUUUGAAAAUUGAUGACAGCUAUUUUUCUGAUGGAUCAAGGACUCAACUUACCCAAGAUCGUGCAAUGAAAGAGAGCAACCCAUCUGUAAAGAUUAUGCAGGAAACAGGGCUAAGUAGCACAGAUAAUUAUAAGCCAUCAGGGAUAGAAAGUGGAAUAAAUUCUGCAGACAGUGGAAUAGUGUCUAAUGAAAAAAGGAACCAAGGUGACUUGCAGUUGAAGGACCAUUCUCUUCCAUUGCCUGUACAAACAACAGAAAGUACACAGGUGCCAUCAGUGAAGGACCAGCGAGCAUCAGACGCAGAUCAUCUUGUUAAUCCCUUUGCAAAUGAAAAAUUUACUCCUCACAAUCGUAAUCUUGAGAGAAAGAUGGAUAUUCUGCUCACUAAGGUUGAGAAGAUGGAAUUAUACUGCUCUAGGUUUGAGGACAGCAUGAUAAAGCCCCUCAGUAGCAUUGAUGCAAGGCUUCAGCGACUGGAGGAACAGUUUAGUUCAUUCUCUGUGGAGAUACAGUCUUUGCGAGGUUCUUCUGCAGUUAGGUCAGCAUCAGAUAGUAUGUCUAAUACGACUAACUCACAGGAGGAAGCACAUGAUUACGCUAAUGAUAGAACUCCUGCUCCUAUAACUGACAGGAAGCCAGGUUUAGCUGUCAGGGCGCCAGAUUUUUCUUCAGAUGAUUCCUGUUGUUAUAAUGUCACUAGUGAAAACCAGUUUGAUUUUCGUGGGCCUAAUGUGGUGCCAAGGCUACUUGUGAAGGUCCCUGAUUUUAUUGCUCAACCUGGUGGAAACCUUCAUGACGGGCCUUCCUCACCUGUCUCUGUCUAUUGUGCUCCAUCUUCUGAAAAGGAGCGUAAGAUUUCCCCAGGUUUAGUUGUCAAGGUUCCUGAAUUCCCAGAUGAUGAUGAUGAUGACGACAAAGUGGAGGAAGAGAAAGAAGCAGAAGUUGGUGAUCAUGAUGAUUUUAAUGCACAAUAUGAUGAUACUCUGAGCAAAAGCAUUGGUGACAACACCAAGAGCAAAAAACCUGUAUCUAUCAAUGGUGCAUUGGCUUCCGCAUUGGAGGCGUUACUCACUUCCACCAAAGGAACAUCAUCUUCAACACCUGUUGUUUGCACAGCCAGUGAUUUAAGUGCUGAAAAUACUAAUGAUUCCGUGAGUUGUUCCCUUUCUCCUGAAAAAAUGGACGAGAUGUCCGCUAAAGAUCGUUCUGCCGACCAAUAUCUGGGUACAUCUGGUAAUGCAAAUUUGGUUGGUACCUUCAGAUCUUCUCAGGAAAUAAACGCAACUCCACAUACUUCUCUCUCAAAGGAAAUGUUGGAUGGCAAGGUUCAGAUAAACGAACAGAACGAUAACCUUAAUGAAGAAAAGGUGCCAUUUGUUGCAAACUCAGAAUUAUUGGAUAUCCCUUCACAGCCUGAUAGAGUUUUGCAAUCUAUUGAUAAUGGAAGUCAGGUAGAUGGACAGGAUAAUUGUCCUAGUUUUGACACGAUGCCAUAUGCCAUAAGCACUGGACCUUUGGUACCUCCUCAGCCUCCUACAGUUUUUGAAGCUGUGGAUAAUGGAGUUCAAGUGAAUGAAAAUAGACCUGCCAUAUCAUUAGCAGAGUUUCUUGCAGCAAGGAAUGCUAGCUCUGGUAAGAAUGUUACUUCUGAGGUAUGCAGUGGUAAUGAUGGCGCUAAAAAACUGUCUUUUGAGAGAACAUCAGCUGAUAAAAACUCGAAAAAUAUCAGUCAACUUCUAGUGAAGAAAGCACUUGAGGUUGAUGCGGACAAGGGGAAACAUUUUUCUAGUGUAUCCAUUGGGGCAAACUUUGCCGGGUCAAGCAGUGUACCUCCUGGAAAUGCUGCUAGUGGGCACAAUAUCAUUACAAAAGAAGAUGUCUCAGAUAAGUCCUGUGGCCUGAAGAAUGCAGAGAGUGGCUUUAGGCUCUCAGUUGGGAUGGACUCCAUAUUUUCUCAGUACCAUGCUACAGAUUCCAAGAAAGAUUGGAUUGAGAACAGCAGCUCCGUCUGGAGCCCAGAUGAUAGCUUUUCAAAACCAAAUGUUAUGCAUUCCUGGUCAGAUUUUAGUAGUAUGGAGUCGUUUAGUGGAGCACCUGCCAAAGGACCUGUUGUUUCCGCAAAUGCCACAUCAGGAAAUUACGUUGAGGAUCUUGAAGACAAUGGAGAUCGUCCUACCGCAACACGGAUUUCUGGGGAAGAGAUACAAAAGGUUUGUGACUUGCUCUAUGAGUUUAAGGAUGACAUGUUGGGCAUGACCUCCAUGGCGAAGGGUACAUGUAAGAGCAGCCCGUCCCUUGAAGUCUUACUUGCUGAAUCAUCUGAUUCUGAAGCACAAAUUUCUGAUCCGGAGUACAUUGACAAUGGUGCUGGCAUUGGUUCAGCUCGAUUGUUCCGUACAUUCUCAUCUUCAGAUGACGAUGCUUCUACUGGGAACGAGCCUUUAGUUGAUGUUGCUGACCUGACCACACCAUCCGAGCCAUAUGCUUCUGCCAAGCCUCUGGUUGAUUUGGCUGAUCUGACAAACCCUUCUGGGACAGAUGCUUCUGCUGGGAAUGAGCCUUCGGCUGAUGUGGUUGAUCUGCCAACGCCUUCAGAGACAUGCUUAUGAUGUGAACAAUGAGCCUUUGUUCAGUGUGGAUAUCUGCCAAAACCUCUGGAGUUUUCUGGUGGGAGCAGUAGUGGAGGAGAACAUCCUGACAGUCUUAUAUAGGCCUAUCAACACUGAUCUACUUGUCAAAGUUGCUUAGUUGGGGUGUCCUGUACAGCGGCCAUCGUUUCCGUCUAAGUUGACACAGUAGUUUUGUACAUAAAUAAUUUCCAUGCCUGCAACAAUUUACUAAAUACUUAUGAUACUAAGCAGAGUACCUUUGAUUUUGGGUUGCUGUACCUGCUGUUGGAGUAACUAUAUACCAUUGACCGUUCAUU